CAGCGUACAACCGCUGUUAUCGGCCGUGCGCGUAUGCGAAGUGCGUCGACCGACCGUGCGGUGUUGGACAGUGUGAAAAAAAGGAGAGCGUGUGUUUUCGCCCAGCAGGUCCGCAGAUCCGCACUCGUCGCCGCGCGGCUCGGCUAGCAUCCACUCAGCAACGCUACGCUAGCAACCGCUGCCGCCGCCGCCGCCUCAGCCAUGCACCGUCCAUCGUAAACCCAUGAUAAACACAAUGGUCGCCGCAUCCGUCGCAACUGACGCGUGAACGAACGUCCCCGCCGCAACUACACACGGCACACGCGCCACCGCCGCCGAAGAAGCGUUCGGUUUUGUUAGAUUUGAGGUAGACCAUAAGUUUUGUGGACUAGUCUGAAGCAUGUCUGACCAGCAGCAAGGUCCAAGGAGACCCGGCCUGAAGAUGGACUUCCAGGCGCAAAACAUUGAAGUCAAAAGACAAAUGUUCCUGCCCAAGGUGAAGAAACCCAUUGUGGAUACCCUCCAGAAUGAAAUUCCAGUGGAAACGAAAUUCACGAUCGGUUCCUCGAUGCAGGCGACCGGCAAGUUGAAAUUCGCCUCGGCCGAGUACGAAUUCUGCUCGGAGGACUUGCAGGACAUCGGCGAGAUCGGCCGAGGCGGCUUUGGCACCGUCAACAAGAUGAUCCACCGCAAGUCCGGUAAUGUAUUAGCCGUGAAACGCAUUCGCUCGGCGGUGGACGAAGAGGAGCAGAAGUUGUUGCUGAUGGAUCUGGAGGUGGUGAUGAAAAGCAAUGCGUGUCCGUUCAUCGUGCAGUUCUACGGCGCAUUGUUCAAAGAGGGCGAUUGUUGGAUUUGCAUGGAGCUGAUGGACACCUCACUCGAUAAAUUCUACAAGUUUAUCGACGAAAAACUCCAGAAGCAUAUUCCCGAGCCGGUGCUCGGCAAGAUAACGGUGGCGACCGUGAAGGCACUCAACUACCUCAAGGAGGAGCUGCAGAUAAUUCAUCGCGACGUUAAACCGAGCAAUAUUCUUCUUGAUAAGGAAGGAAACAUUAAGCUAUGUGACUUUGGCAUCUCAGGGCAAUUGGUGGAUUCUAUUGCAAAGACGCGCGAUGCUGGUUGUAGGCCAUACAUGGCUCCGGAGAGGAUAGAUCCGAAGGAUCGCGGAUACGAUGUGCGCAGCGAUGUAUGGUCAUUGGGUAUUACGUUGAUGGAGGUGGCGACCGGCCAUUUUCCAUAUCCGCGAUGGAGUUCAGUGUUUGAUCAACUACACCAAGUGGUAAACGGCGAACCGCCGCGGCUUACUGCCAACGGCAAUACGUUCACUUCCGAAUUUGUCGAUUUUGUAAAUACUUGUUUGAUUAAAGAAGAAACCGAAAGACCUAAGUACAAUCGACUCUUGAAGAUGCCCUUCAUCCAGCGGGCGAGCAACGAAGAUGUGGACGUCGCCGCCUACGUCACGGAAAUCAUGGACGAAAUGACUAAUAAUGGCAUCAGCGCAUUCACCACCAAUGUCCAGUGAACGCCGCCGCAGCCGCCUCCUCCCUCCCGUAAGUCUCACGGUAACAAAAUCAACCUGCAGCAACCUCGUAAACUACCACUUAGACGAACCAAAACCAACUCAUCCACGCGGAGCAAUCACUCAGCACGCCGCAGCGACUGCGCAACAGGUGACAGGUCAAACAAACAAAUAAUAGUCAUAAGCAGCAGCACGCAGGUAGUCGCAGAAUACAGACGGGAGAAAAACGCGCCGAGUUCAGCAAACAAAAAAAACACGUCCAUGAAACACUUCGAUUCGUUUUGCGUUCCGCUUUGUUUUCUCCGCUCGGGUGUUUUCAAUGCAAUUGAAGCAAAUAUUUUUCAAAACAUUGCCCCGGCCCGUUCGACGAACAGUCGAAAUUAUUGCGUAACGAGUAAAUUAAUGAUGAUAAAUUAUGAUUAAUCAAAACUAUAAGCGUAGCUAAUAUGAAAGUAUGAAAUUGCAAGGCAAGGCAAUGUGCGAGUACGCGCAGUGUAUGCAUUUAUGUCUCAGGUACGCGCGGGGGCAGUCGCGCGUUCUCGAUCGCACCCAUCCUAAUCCUUCGAAUCCUAAUAAACCACCCACACAAACACAAUAUCUUCCCCCUAUCCUUAUCUCCCUCCGAAACCUAACGCAAUGGUAAGAAAUUAGUUGUUUGUUGUUAUUAACUAUUAUUAUUACGCAUUACUAUUGAUAACAAAUGAAUUAAUUAACCAUUGUGUACGAUCACAAGUAGCAACUCUAAACUCCGCGCGCCGCAAUUACUCGCCACACGCGAACGGUUCCCCUUUUUCGACUAGUCCUAGUCCGUACACUUUUCAAACUUAACACUUAACUAGUUACUAAUUAAUUGCUAUUAUUGCUCAUUAUUGAUGAUUCUAUACUGUCAUUGAUAUGUUCGACAUACACGAUAUGAGAAUGCGCCGCAAAUAAUUUUCAUCUUGGAAGCGCGUGCGCGCACAGCAAUAAUUUGACACCAAAACUGAUGAAUGACAGCAUUCGGAUGAAAAUUGUUUGCCUUUUGAAUGAUGAAGAAACAAAAACAAAACAAAAAAAAAAACGGAAAUCAUUGUAAAGUAGACUUUACACACUUGUACAUGAAUAACAUUAAACUAAGCUAACAUUUAUAUUAAAAAUGGCGAUGAAAAAUUGAAACAAUAAGCGGACAAUCCGAUACAUUUAGUUUUGCGCAGGCGUGAGUACCACACAUUCUCACCAAUCUCAUCAUCAUCAAAACUAAUUUAAUCAUUUGUCAGUCAGCACGUGACACGGCAACCAAUACGUUUAAGGUACACACUACAAUAUUAUUAAUACCAAGUAGUUGGUGCUAAUUGAUAAGUUAGAGAAACAAUUUUAGCUGAGGACACAACUGCAACUGCAACUUGUUGAAUGUGCAAGUUGGCGCGACUUGUAAUUAUGUAUGUUUCAAUUAUUUGUUCGAGAUGGACGACAAAAUGGCAAAAUGUUAAUGAUCGCAAUGAUAUAAUGGUCAAAAACGUGAUUAUAAUAGUUGAUGAAACUA